CACUCAUUGGCUUGCCCGGUGUCACCCGGUAUGGUUACAGUUUGGUUACAGUACUGGAAAUAGCGUCUUGAAUAUAUACUUAACAAAAUAAUUUGAUAUCCAUUGAAAAUGAUUGUUUCCUAAUGCUUUUUUUCAAUGAAAUUUUAAAUGAAAGUUUCUAUUUUUGUUCAUUAGAAUAAGAAAAACAAGUUAUCAAUUUAUUGCUUGAAUUUGGAUAUAGAAUAAAAUACCCGCAAAUAUGAACGUGCGAAGGAAUAAUGGUACACCUGUUGAUAGUUUAGAAGAACUUGGUAUUCCAGGUCAAAAUUCACUGAGAGAUGCUUUAACUAGUUGUGAAGAUCCACUAAAAGCUAUUGAGGAGUUUCAGAUGCAGAAUGGAAUCCUGUUACCCUCAUUGCGACCUAUGCUUCCUUUACUGGAUCUUCAUGGCGUUCGAAGGUUAGAUUUUCAUGCUUCGGUUCUGGAAGAGUUAAGAGAAAAACUUAUUAAGCGAAUAAAUGAGAUUGGAGCGGAAAGAGGAGAUAAGAGUUCAGCAACCGAUCGUAAAUUGAAGGAAAUGUUGGCGAAAAGUUUUCCAGCUGUAAGAAUUCCUGCACUCAGGCCAGUUGUUAUGUGUAUUCUUCGAAAUACUCCUCACAUUGACGAUAAAUAUCUGAAAGUUCUUGUUCGAGAAAAGGAAUUGUAUAAUGACGCGGAUACUGAAGUUAAGAGACAAAUUUGGAAAGAUAAUCAAAGUUUAUUUGGGGAUGAAGUAUCUCCAUUGUUUAGCGGUUAUAUCAUGGAAAAGGAACAAGUUCUUUUCGACCAUCAGAACUUGAACAGUCUUUUUUUCACUCCUUCACCGAAGGUUAGGCGACAGGGAGAAGUAGUUCAAAAACUGGCUCACAUGAUUGGCCACAGCAUUAAAUUGUACGAUAUGGUCUUACAAUUUCUUCGAACUCUGUUUUUGCGAACGAAAAAUAUCCACUAUUGCACGCUAAGGGCAGAAUUGUUAAUGGCAUUGCACGAUCUAGAGGUGCAAGACAUUAUAUCAGUAGACCCAUGUCACAAGUUCACGUGGUGUUUGGACGCUUGUAUCAGGGAGAAGAACGUCGAUGUAAAAAGGUCGAGAGAACUGCAAGGAUUUCUCGACAGCAUUAAGAGAGGACAAGAACAGGUAUUAGGCGACCUGAGCAUGAUCCUUUGUGAUCCGUACGCAGUAAAUUUCCUAGCGAGUAGUGCAAUAAAAAUUGCUCUUCAUCUUAUUAAUGGAGAUUCACUUCCUAGAGAAAAUGCGGUUUUAGUUCUACUUUUGCGAAUGCUCGCCUUGGGCUUGUCCGCGUGGCAAAUGAUUGACUCGCAAGAAUUUAAGGAACCCAAACUUGAUAGUCAAGUUGUUACCAAGUUUCUUCCAGCACUAAUGUCUCUCAUGGUAGACGAUCAAAUACGACAGUUGAAUCAAAAGCUUCCUCCUGAUGAGAGAGAAAGUGCCAUUGCGAUAAUAGAACACUCUGGACCGCCGCCAGACGCUUGUCAAGCCUACGCAGAACUGUCUGGCGUAGCUGCUGUCCUGUCCAUGUACUAUGCCCUCCACGUGGGAGGCGGGGGUGGCGGCGUCACUGCCAGAGGACGAGGCGAUGCGCGAGGCCUCAUGAGAGUCUUAGCGACGCUACCAAACUGUCAAGGUCAAAGGGCAUUUGAAGAUCCAUUCUUACAUACACUGGUUUCCCUACUUAUCGUAAACUUGUCCGAUGAAUUUUCAAAUGAAUCAUUCUGCACGGUUAUUUUUGACGAAUUCUUUUUAACGAGUUUGGGAAGAGAUAAUGUGAUUCGCCAUUUAUUAAAAUUACUGUGGUACAUUCAUGCAAAAUUACCUCCAGCUCGAUUACAUACUCUGAUGAAAGCUCUUCAACCGACAGGUCAACAUAAUGAAGCAGUGCAUAGCCUUUACGAAUCUUUGCAUAAGAAGCUGGUAAGUACAUCAAACGAAUCCCAAGCAAUGGUACCGACGCAAAUGGAUUCUCUGGCUAUAGAUUGUUCUGCUUCGCCACUUCCAGGAAGGUCAACUCCCAGGCAAGGAUUUCCUUAACUUUGUUGAAAAUGUUAAAUACAUUUCAUAAUAUAUAUUUUUUCAUAUAAAAUUAGUAAAUUUAAAACACUAAGUACAACUAGUUUAAGUUGUUCGCUUUCUACCAAAUCCAUAAAUGUCAUUUGGUCAAAUCAGAGAUUGUCGAAGAGCUUCAUUUGCUUAAAUCUAUAAAUAGUAAGAACCAAAUUUUUUGCUUGAAUCGACAAAAGUGAAAAGUUGAAUUCAAUCAAAAGACUUUCGUCAUAGAAGUUUGUAUUAUAAAAGUUUGCAAGUAUCGUGAAGAAUAGUCUAGUUUGAUGAUUUACUGCAAUGAUGAAAUAUACAUUGGACGAUAAGUUGUGUAAGUUCCUUUCCUUCAUAAUCUCGAACUCGUAUUUAAUAUUUCGUAAAUACUGCAGUCCAUGGACAGUCCCUAGAGGAUACCUUGUGGAAUAACAAAAGAAAAAUCUUGGUAAGAAGGUUGUGUGAAGAUGCUUCUCCAUUUCAUACACAUCUUGUGAACGUUCAAGUUCAUCAACUGGAGGAUUUGAGUGUACGCUGUGUCAGCUAACAUAUCUUGGCCAUUUGUUUGGAUAUUUCGAUACGAAGUGGGCUUGUUUUUUUAGUUCGUUUAUCCAGAGGUUUUCAUGAACAUUGUUGUGUCCAGAGAGGACAAGACAAAUACAUUGUUUAAUGUUUAAAGCGUUGGGCGUAUUGGUUUUUUUUUUAGUUCAACCUUCAAUUUUUUUUAAGAAAUUCUAACAAUUAGUUUCAGUGCUCUAGUCCAGUCAAAAUAAAGGUGUGUUUAUCAUUGCAAUAAAUCAACAAAAUAGAAAAAUUUAUUGACCAUGUUAUUGAAUAGUAUUUUAACGUGCAACAGUACGUCUCUGAUUAAACAUUUUUUUAUCUUUUGUCGAUUGCAGCAAAUCAUUUAGAAAUUAAAAAAAAAUUUCAUUCUGCGACUAUUAAUUUGUUGUUGACCUAUCGAAAUUUCAAUAUUCUGUUAAUACAGUUAAAUUCAGGCAACCUAAAAAUUUUUUUUUAUAACUUUUUGAUAACAAUUAUGAUAAUUAUUAUGAUUAUUAUGAUUUGUAGAAUUUUAACAAAUUUAAUGAAAAUAAGUAAAUUGUACUAUAUAUAUAUUCAAUA